AUGAUGGCAAUUCCUUUCAUUAACUCAUCACUGCCGCAUCUGCCAGAAGAUUUAACGACCUUAGACAGUUUCGUAAUCUUGGAAAAGUUCUCAAAACCUACGCAGCGUAAUUUUGAGCCAGUUGGCCCUCAUUACCUUGCACACGCUCGCCGUGCUCGCCACAAGCGCACAUUCUCCGAAGAUGACCGAAUUCAGGCCCUGGAGAAUGUCAAGAAGGUUGAAGACGACGACAGCGGAGAAAUAAGUGAAUCCGAGGAUCCAUCAAUGCUUCUUAGAGACGCAAAAGAUUGGAAGAGCCAGGAUCAUUACGCAGUACUUGGUCUAUCAAAGUACCGGUACAAAGCGAGUGAGGAGCAGAUCAAACGUGCUCAUCGCAAAAAGGUGCUUCGUCAUCAUCCCGAUAAGAAAGCCGCUGCUGGAAGCACAGAAGACGACAGUUUCUUCAAGUGUAUUCAAAAAGCAACUGAAGUUCUUCUCGAUCCAGUGAAACGUCGACAGUUUGACUCAGUUGACGAACGUGCCGACGUUGAGCCUCCAACAAAAAAACAACUUAAAGAUGGUAAAUACUUUAAAUUAUGGAGCAACGUUUUUAAAGCUGAAGGUCGUUUUUCUCGCGAACAACCAGUUCCUCUAUUUGGUGACGAAAAGAGUACACAGGAGGACGUUGAAAACUUCUACAAUUUCUUCUACAAUUUUGAUUCUUGGCGCUCAUUCGAGUACCAAGAUGAGGAUGUUCCGGAUGACAAUGAAAACCGCGAUCAAAAACGCCAUAUGGAACGGAAAAACAAUAAUGCCCGGAAAAAGAAGAAAAACGAAGAUGUAGCACGUCUUAGAAAGUUAGUUGACGAUGCCAUGGCUGGCGAUGAAAGAAUAAAGAAGUUUAGACAAGCAGCAUCAGCAAACAAAAAUAAAAAACGGCUAGAAAAAGAGGCUGUAGAAAAGUCCGAGAAGGAAGCAGCAGCAGCAGCAAAGGCCAAAAAAGAAGCUGAGGCAAAAGAAGCUGAAGAUAAAGCUAAGGCUGAGAGAGAGCUCGGUAAGAAAGCAAAAGAAACAGCUAAAGCUGCAGUCAAGAAAAAUCGCCGUGUCCUGAAAGGCAGCGUCAAAGAUGCAAAUUAUUUUGUCGACGAAACAGCUUCUGCGAGUAGGAUCGAUCAAGUAUUAGGGGAUGUCGAAUUGGUACAAGGAAAGCUCAGCCCAGAUGAAACAGCAGCUCUUGCUGCAAAACUAGCCGGCUUAAAAGUUUCUCAAGAGAUAAAGGGUGUAUGGAGCGAAGAGGUCAAAAGACUUAUCGAUUCACAAAGCAUUAAAGAAGGUGAUGCCGCCACUCUUGCCUAA